UUUUCCUCCGUGUGUGAUGUUGAAGACGUGUAUGGUGUCACUUGCUGCUGUGGUAUUGACGGCUGUCGCCUACUUCGGCGUGCAGGUUCAUCAUGCGACCAGACAACGGCUCCUCAGCGGCCUGGCACAUCGUCCUGCUCCGUCAUCGGGGAAUGGACACAACUUCACAGCAAGGGGCUUGCUGCGCGGUGGACGGAUUAUGCUGCAAGACAAUGGUGGUGCGUCGGAAUCGGAGAUUCCUGGUGGAAACACCAGCGCUUUUGAGAUGGCCUACACGGAUUUCUAUAACAGACCCAUCCCUUCCGCACUCGUCGACAAGUGGUGGCUCUAUGCAGAAUCACACAAUUGCUCAACGGAGCCCAGCCACUAUGCCAACGUGGACCAUCAGCUGGAGUCUUUUCGCAGCCAGCAGACCUACACAAGGCCCGGCAUCACCAAUGAGAUGGUUGAGAGCGCGGCAAACGCACAGAGGACUGUUCUCUGGCAGGUAUGAUAUAUGGACUCGGGAAGAAAAAACUACCAAAGACAAACGAUCGUUUUGUGUCAGGUGAAGAAAGGCGAGUUAUCUCAUGUGCGAGGGGACGUCUACUUCUGGGGGAGCGGCCCCUGGCGAAACGAGCUUCUUGGGCCGAUUGCAGCACUGUUGCCGGACAUGCUGAUAGCGACGAAUCUCCUAGAUGAGCCACGCGCCCUGCGGCCGGCGAAUGAGAGCAUCGAGCGGCCUGGUCGAGUGGCCUUUGUGGGCGGGAGCGCUGCUGAGGCCAUCAGGCCAUCCUGCCCCAACGAAACGGCUUUAUAUGAAUCAACCGUUGGCUUCUUCGUCAGCCCUGCCACGUUCGAUGCCCGCCGCGGUCUGCUACCCAUCCUCUCUCGCACGCGCGUGUCGCCAUGCUUUGUGGACAUUGUGAGUUCGUUCUAUCCUGGCGAGUGGGCUCCUAGAAGUGAGCCCUUGACCAGAUGGGAAGACAAAGUGGGCAAGUUGGUUUGGCGUGGGUCCAACACGGGAUGCCAGUGGACCAAUGCAAACGAUUUGCUGUGGAAGUGUGAGAGGGGGAGACUGGUGAAGCUGUUCGGCCAGAACAACAAGAAUGCAACUCUGAAGGAUGUUGGCGACGAGAUGCGGGCGCACGGCCUACUGUCGGAUCAGGACAAGUGGCCGUCGGGCAAGUGGGCGUCAUCGCGUGUGGGAGACCUCUUCGAUGUGGCCAUGACGGGCUACGGGCAGUGCAGCACGCCAUCCAUUUGCUCACAGCUGGAGAGCGUUCUGGGGACAGCCAAGCCGAUGCCGGUUGAGGGCUAUUUCGAUUACAAGUAUGUCCUGCAUGUCGAUGGCAACUCGUACUCGCGCAGACUGGUCAGCCUACUGCGCUCGAACUCCCUUGUCUUCAUCUCGGUGAGCAACCACGAAAGAGGGCCUUACACUCUCUGACUUUUCUCUCCGUCAGACGGCUUUUGAGACGUGGAUGGACGGGUGGCUGCAGCCGUGGGUGCACUUCGUUUCUGUCUCUCCCUCACUCACGGACCUGCCUUCAAAGCUGCUGUGGGCACUGGAGCACGACGACGAGGCGCGGCAGAUAGCCCAGACCGCCCAGGGGUUCGCUGCGUCCCAUCUGCGGCCCGUGGAUUUCUCCUGCUAUCUGGCGUGGCUGCUGAUCGAGUAUGAGAGCCUUUUUAGACCGAGACAGCGGCCGAGAGACCCUGGGCCUUCCAUGUCACAAGGCGGCAUUCUAAGGCAUCUGAAGAUAUCAAGGCCGAGCAGAGUUUGAUGAUGAUUUCGUCUUGGAAUGACCCUUUCCUGAUGAAGCAGGGCAAGACCGAGACUUGCAAGAAAUCGGCUUGUGAUGUCAGUUGAGACGGUUGGCUUCGGCAUGAAUGGAUGUGUGUGAUCUCCCUGGCACAUCGAUCGUGUGGCAGCCUUCUGUCACGUAAUGGAUGUAUGCUUCAUGCAAGCGAUGGAGUGUCGAAACAUGACUACACAGGCAGGCGAGCAUGCAGCACACCCGUGACCCCACGGCC